AUGCUCGCAGUGAAGCUGACCUACGACGGCAACAAGUUUGACAUCCCAGGUGGUCGAACUGAUGGGCACGAGCCAGCAACGAAGACGGCCGAGAGGGAGACCUGGGAAGAGUCGGGAUAUUCCGUCGAAGUAGGAGAACUCCUUGCAACUGUUCGGGGAGGCUUUCACAUCUUCAGGUGCAGACUGAAGGAGCAGAACCCGGGCAAAGGGCCGGAUCACGAAGUGUCCAGCGUGCAAUGGAUACAUUCUUGGGAAUUCGACAACUUCAUGCAGCAGCACAUGUGGAGAUUCCAGGAUGACCAGGCUCACCUGUACGGCCAGUGGCUUCGCAACGAUGGCGGCAACAACAACCAGCGCGUUGAGGAGCAGGGUCUGCCUUUUUCUGUAGGCCUGCAGACCCACAUAAUCCUUUUCGUUCAGUUCUCCUUGCAUGGUGAGGCGCCGCGGCGUGGAGGUCUGCGUGUGUUGUGCGCCGUAGCUGCUGCGAAGCUCCCGUCCACUCCCAUUUGCCAUGGACUUUCCGAUGCCUAUGCUGCCCCCGCGCAUGCCGGCUGCUUCGUGAAGAAGGGCGACACCAUGCUCGCAGUGAAGCUGACCUACGACGGCAACAAGUUUGACAUCCCAGGUGGUCGAACUGAUGGGCACGAGCCAGCAACGAAGACGGCCGAGAGGGAGACCUGGGAAGAGUCGGGAUAUUCCGUCGAAGUAGGAGAACUCCUUGCAACUGUUCGGGGAGGCUUUCACAUCUUCAGGUGCAGACUGAAGGAGCAGAACCCGGGCAAAGGGCCGGAUCACGAAGUGUCCAGCGUGCAAUGGAUACAUUCUUGGGAAUUCGACAACUUCAUGCAGCAGCACAUGUGGAGAUUCCAGGAUGACCAGGCUCACCUGUACGGCCAGUGGCUUCGCAACGAUGGCGGCAACAACAACCAGCGCGUUGAGGAGCAGGGACUUUCCGAUUCCUUUGCUGCCCCUGCGCAUGCCGGCUGCUUCGUGAAGAAGGGCGACACCAUGCUCGCAGUGAAGCUGACCUACGACGGCAACAAGUUUGACAUCCCAGGUGGUCGAACUGAUGGGCACGAGCCAGCAACGAAGACGGCCGAGAGGGAGACCUGGGAAGAGUCGGGAUAUUCCGUCGAAGUAGGAGAACUCCUUGCAACUGUUCGGGGAGGCUUUCACAUCUUCAGGUGCAGACUGAAGGAGCAGAACCCGGGCAAAGGGCCGGAUCACGAAGUGUCCAGCGUGCAAUGGAUACAUUCUUGGGAAUUCGACAACUUCAUGCAGCAGCACAUGUGGAGAUUCCAGGAUGACCAGGCUCACCUGUACGGCCAGUGGCUUCGCAACGAUGGCGGCAACAACAACCAGCGCGUUGAGGAGCAGGGAGAUGACUUCACCUUGGCCGCAUGGGAGUCGGCGCCGCGGCGUGGAGGUCUGCGUGUGUUGUGCGCCGUAGCUGCUGCGAAGCUCCCGUCCACUCCCAUUUGCCAUGGACUUUCCGAUGCCUAUGCUGCCCCCGCGCAUGCCGGCUGCUUCGUGAAGAAGGGCGACACCAUGCUCGCAGUGAAGCUGACCUACGACGGCAACAAGUUUGACAUCCCAGGUGGUCGAACUGAUGGGCACGAGCCAGCAACGAAGACGGCCGAGAGGGAGACCUGGGAAGAGUCGGGAUAUUCCGUCGAGGUAGGAGAACUCCUUGCAACUGUUCGGGGAGGCUUUCACAUCUUCAGGUGCAGACUGAAGGAGCAGAACCCGGGCAAAGGGCCGGAUCACGAAGUGUCCAGCGUGCAAUGGAUACAUUCUUGGGAAUUCGACAACUUCAUGCAGCAGCACAUGUGGAGAUUCCAGGAUGACCAGGCUCACCUGUACGGCCAGUGGCUUCGCAACGAUGGCGGCAACAACAACCAGCGCGUUGAGGAGCAGGGCCAGAUGUCUCAAAAGCUGAAGCCACAAGAAGUGAGUGAGGAGAAGAAGUGGAGUGGCUGCAGCUUCUCGGUGCGACUGGGCGAUGUUCAUGCACGGCUCUGUUUGGCAAACACAGCACAGUGGCAGCUGCCUCAACUGGAAGUGGGACAGGACUCUUUCUGCCAUCGUGGCUUCGAUGGCAAGGUGUCGGAGUUCCUUCGCAGCGCUCGCCGUGAGGUCUGGGAGGCACGGGAGCGGUACCCCGAGUCUUCUCAUGCCGCCUUUGAUGCCUUCCUGGAAUCACUUGAUGCGGCACUCCUGGGCGAGAAGGACCUGACGCUCAUUGUCAGAGAUCCGUCCGGCUUGAGCAAGUUGGACACAUGCGAGACACAGAUCGAGCACUUCGAACGCACUGUGCGUGAUGACUUCGCCUUGGGCUUGGAGUACCCGCUUCCAAGCCGCCAGCGAAAUGAUGCCAAGAGUGUUGCGAAGAUGAUUCGACGAGCACGCCAUAUUGUUGCCCUCACCGGUGCGGGCAUCUCCGUCGAAUCAGGAAUUACGCCGUUCCGUAAGUCAAGCCCUUCGGACUCUGCGGGUGCUAUUUGGGAUGAGUUCGAUGCGCAGCAAAUGACAGUUGGAAAUUUCAAUCACGAUCGGGAGAUUCGAGCGAAGUGGUGGGUGAUGAAGCGCAAGCUCAUGAACGAGAUGAGCAUGGCAGAACCCAAUCCUGCACACUGCUUCUUCGGCGAGCUGGAGAAGCGUGGCAAGCUUGCAGGGGUAAUCACGCAGAACAUCGAUUCACUGCAUCAGCGUGGUGGCGUUCCCGGCGAGAAGGUAAACGAGCUCCACGGUCACAUGCGGCGCCUGAUAUGCUCCGACUAUCGCACCACUCUCAACCCAGAGCCCUUUGGGACGGGCACCUGUGAUUUUGCAUGCGACACAUCAGCCUGUGGCCAUGCUGAAGUUCCUACAUGUCCGAAGUGCGGUUCGCCUCUCCGUACGGAGACCGUGAUGUUCGAGCAGUCUAUGCCGAGUGGUGCCGUGGAGGAAGCAAGAACCACAAUCCAGAAGUCGGACCUCCUCGUUGUAAUUGGCAGCACUCUGAUUGUUCGGCCCGCCAACGAGUUGCCGGCCGAAGCGCUCCGCCGCGGAAUUCCCGUCAUCAUGGUCAACUUCGAUGACACCUGCUACGACGGCAAUGCCAUCUCCUUGGUGCGACAGCCUGCAGGCCUCUUCUUCGAUGAGGUGAUGAACGAGCUUGGGGCUGAACUUUGGCAUGGUGAUGAAGAUGAGGAGGAGGCAGAAGAACUUGAAGUUGAUCCGGAGGCAUCCGUUUCCGCGGAAUUGAAGCUGCCGACCGUGGGGCUCGAUGUGGAUUCCGAUGACCAGCUUUACGGUGAUGAUGAUCUGGGUGGCACGUGCCGCGGAGGAGGCAGCCUCCGCAGCUUCUCUGCUGCGUCUGGCGUCCGAGGAAUGGAGUUUUUGCAUUUGCCACGGAACACCUGUGGAAGUGUCCGGUACAUUCCAUGGGAUUCGCCAGAUGCCGUCUCCGAGUCACACGGCAUUGCACAGCUCCAGGUACCGCUUCGCCGACUGGGCGGCUCGACGACGGCGACGGUGAUGGUCGUGCACCGGCUUGGCUUACCCGAGCGGCAGUUCGUGGUGAAGGCUAUCGCUCUUCGCGGGUUGGAUGCACAGGGCCGUUUGCGGGCUCUGAAAGAAAUUCAAAUCCUGAAGAGCCUGCGGCACGAGAGUAUAAUCGAGUAUAUCGAGAGCUGGUGGAUAGGUGCGGGUCCCGAUUCGGGGCGGCUGACGCUUGUGAUGGAGUGUGCUGAGAACGGUGAUUUGCGUGUGCCUGUGCAAGCUGCGGGUCAGAGUGGGCAGCACUUGGAGGAAGUCCUUGUCCUUAGCUGGCUUCAGCAGAUGCUGAAGGGGCUGGAUCAUGUACACCAGAAGGAGAUAAUCCACAGGGACUUGAAGGCCAUGAAUGUCUUCUUGAAGGAUACGUGGCGAACAUGUAAGUUGGGAGACUUUGGAAUUUCAACGGCACUGGAGAGUGGAAAGUCAGCCUCGGGUUGCGUAGGCACGCCUGCCUACAUGGCCCCUGAGCUCCUGUGGAAUCAGCGCUACGCUUCUGCAGUGGACAUGUGGGCAAUCGGGGUCGUCCUGUAUGAACUCAUGGCCUUAAGGCUGCCAUUCUGCGGUUCCAACGUCCUGGCUCUGGUGUACCAGAUCGCCUUCAACAGCUACGAUCCCGAGCCUUUGCGCAUGGCUGGCUACUCUUCAGUCUUGAUUGAGCUUGUUUCGCGGCUGCUGGACAAGGACCCUACGAAGCGACCUAGUGCCUCGCAGCUCCUGGGUGAGCCUGCUUUGUGGGAGACGUUUUCGAUUGAGGCUGCUGGGACCAUGGCGGCAGCGUCGUUCAACGCAAGCUUGUCGUCCAACCUCUUCUCCAACAGCCGCCAGGAUGACCUGUCAGAGGCGUACAAUCCAGGCACGCCAGGAAUCACCAUGCCCUCCGCCAUGCAGAUGCCCUCCGGAACCGGUUCCGACUGGGGCGACGCCGUCGCCUUGCUGGCAUCCAUGGGCACAGAUACUGUGACUGGUGCCAUUCCUGCAACUCUGACAAAUGCAGAGUCGCUGGGGAGUGUGGUCUCAGACGUCAAGCUGUGGGAGGAAAUCUUAAGGACGAGAGAGGAGAGUGAUAAUGUGUCACUUGACCGGUUCGAGGAACUCUUGAGGUCGAUUGGUAGCUCCAGGCCUGAUGUGCCAUCGCACCAGCCGCCGAAGUGUGACGAUGACGAGCGACACAGCCCGGCUCAGCGGCAGAUUGGGGCCUGCGAAGACGCUGAGAAGCAUUUGGCACGUGCGGCUCAGGACGUGGCCUUCGCUGCUUCCCUUCAGAGGAUGGCUGCUGAGAUAUCUCUGGAGGCACAUGGAUAUCAGCCGCUUCGCCGACUGGGCGGCUCGACGACGGCGACGGUGAUGGUCGUGCACCGGCUUGGCUUACCCGAGCGGCAGUUCGUGGUGAAGGCUAUCGCUCUUCGCGGGUUGGAUGCACAGGGCCGUUUGCGGGCUCUGAAAGAAAUUCAAAUCCUGAAGAGCCUGCGGCACGAGAGUAUAAUCGAGUAUAUCGAGAGCUGGUGGAUAGGUGCGGGUCCCGAUUCGGGGCGGCUGACGCUUGUGAUGGAGUGUGCUGAGAACGGUGAUUUGCGUGUGCCUGUGCAAGCUGCGGGUCAGAGCGGGCAGCACUUGGAGGAAGUCCUUGUCCUUAGCUGGCUUCAGCAGAUGCUGAAGGGGCUGGAUCAUGUACACCAGAAGGAGAUAAUCCACAGGGACUUGAAGGCCAUGAAUGUCUUCUUGAAGGAUACGUGGCGAACAUGUAAGUUGGGAGACUUUGGAAUUUCAACGGCACUGGAGAGUGGAAAGUCAGCCUCGGGUUGCGUAGGCACGCCUGCCUACAUGGCCCCUGAGCUCCUGUGGAAUCAGCGCUACGCUUCUGCAGUGGACAUGUGGGCAAUCGGGGUCGUCCUGUAUGAACUCAUGGCCUUAAGGCUGCCAUUCUGCGGUUCCAACGUCCUGGCUCUGGUGUACCAGAUCGCCUUCAACAGCUACGAUCCCGAGCCUUUGCGCAUGGCUGGCUACUCUUCAGUCUUGAUUGAGCUUGUUUCGCGGCUGCUGGACAAGGACCCUACGAAGCGACCUAGUGCCUCGCAGCUCCUGGGUGAGCCUGCUUUGUGGGAGACGUUUUCGGUUGAGGCUGCUGGGACCAUGGCGGCAGCGUCGUUCAACGCAAGCUUGUCGUCCAACCUCUUCUCCAACAGCCGCCAGGAUGACCUGUCAGAGGCGUACAAUCCAGGCACGCCAGGGAUCACCAUGCCCUCCGCCAUGCAGAUGCCCUCCGGAACCGGUUCCGACUGGGGCGACGCCGUCGCCUUGCUGGCAUCUGUACGGACCGACGGGAGUGUCGACAGCAUCACCGGUGAACGGAAGGCCGGCGAUGUCGAAGCUCGGGCUACCGCAUCGCUUGGCAGCUACGUCACUCCUGAACAGUUGUGGGAUGGGCUACAGAGGGCCAGGCACGAGAGUGACACCGUGGAGCGAGGCCAGCUCGAUGACCUUUUGGAUGAGCUUCGUGACAUGCUGCCGUUCCCAUCACAGUCAGUGCCACCGCCGCCGCCACCACAACACUGUCCCGGAGACCUGCCCAGCCACGAUAUCUCAUCUUCCCUUGCUUGUGAAGAGGGAGACUCUGCUGAUCCUGGAGCCGAUUCAACUCUGGACCCGGUUGAGGACUCUUUUAAGCUGGCGGCUCGGGUCGACCUCUUUCUGAAGCGACGUGGUCAGCAAGCACACGCUUCAACGUGA